CCUCACCCUAUCAGUACCUCACUGACUCCCUCCCUCUCUCUCUCUCUGUCUUUCCUUUUUCUCUCUCACUUUCUGUUUGUUUCUAGGGAAACUUCAGAAAAGAAAAAUGGGUGUGGUGAGUGCUUCUGCUUGCCUUGCCUCUCUACUUAUCUCACUAAUGUGGGUCGCUGAAGCAAGAAUCCCAGGGGUGUACAGUGGGGGUGCAUGGGAAGCAGCUCAUGCCACCUUCUACGGAGGCUCUGAUGCCUCUGGCACCAUGGGUGGGGCUUGUGGAUAUGGAAAUCUCUACAGCCAAGGCUAUGGCGUGAGCACAGCUGCACUGAGCACUGCCCUCUUCAACAAUGGCCUCAGCUGCGGUGCCUGCUUUGAAAUCAAGUGUGCAAACGACCCAAACUGGUGCCACUCUGGAAGCCCAUCAAUUUUCAUCACUGCCACCAACUUCUGCCCUCCAAACUUUGCUCAACCAAGCGACAAUGGCGGAUGGUGCAAUCCUCCCAGGCCUCACUUUGACCUGGCCAUGCCCAUGUUUCUCAAGAUUGCCGAGUACAGAGCUGGAAUUGUCCCUGUUUCUUACCGUAGGGUGCCAUGCCGCAAGCGCGGAGGGAUCAGGUUCACAAUCAACGGCUUCCGUUACUUCAACCUGGUUUUGGUAAGCAACGUCGCGGGUGCAGGGGACAUCGUGCGGGUGAGCGUGAAAGGAUCCAAGACUGGCUGGAUGAGCAUGAGCCGUAACUGGGGUCAAAACUGGCAGUCAAACGCCGUUCUGGUUGGUCAAUCGUUGUCCUUCAGGGUCAGAGGCAGUGACAGGCGCACUUCCACCUCAUGGAACGUUGUUCCGGCCAAUUGGCAGUUCGGUCAAACAUUCACCGGGAAGAACUUCAGAGUCUGAACAACAAGGAGAAAAAGUCCACAUAUUUAUGAUUUUCCCGCCAUAAUAUAUGUUUUUCCAAUUUUACCCUUUCUUGGCGCCAUUGUGGUGUUCUUACUAGAUGCUGUUUUUGACUGGGUGUUGGAGAAUGUGAAAGUGUGUUUAGUGGGGAGGGGGGUUCAGGAACAACUUUGACUUUUUGGGUUGGUGUGAUUUUGUGAGUGUGUGGACAGGGGAGGAGGGGCAGUAGGGUAAAAGUAAAAAAACAGGGUAACAAGUGUAAGGGAAAUUAAUUAUUAAAUUAAAAACCCAAGUGAGGAAAUUGUAGAAGAGGAGGUUGAGGCGGCUGCAGAGAAUUUGUAGCCCGCACCCUAUAAAUACUGGCAAAGCUAAAGUUGUAGUAUAUUAUGAUUUAUAUGCAUGAGAAAUGUAUUUCUAGUAGUAACUUUGUUAUUUUCUUGUUUUGUUUUGAUUUACUUGGAAAGUAUAUUUGGUUUGUUUCAAUGGAACUUGGCUUUUUGUUAGUAUU